AUGUGGGAACAAAACGACAAUGAAGAUGGAAAGUCGCGAAGAGGCGGUGAAUCUGGUGGGAUUGGCGGAUCUGGAGGCACGGUGGUAAGGGAGGGUCCGACGGCGCCGAAAAGAACCAAGCUCGGAGGUGAGAAGGAUGUGCUGCCAGAUUUGUUGCAAACGACGGCGAGAGAGUUGAAAGCGCACACAUCAUAG